UUCCCAGAGAAUGCAGAACGAAAAAUAAAACAAAAUUGUUUUGAAAAACAAGGGAAACCUUUUCCUGUCAUGUUCGAUUUUCCUAAUUUACAGAAAUACUGUGUUUAUCAAUCAAGGACAGCUGGCUUGGCUAUUUCGAGGGAUUUAGUCGAAAACAAUAAACAUCUUGAGUGGUUUGGCUAAUAAAUUUCGAUUUUAGUUACAUUUACCUGUUACCAAACGAAAACAGCUCACUGUGACGAUGCCACGUAAAGAAAGCAUUGAACUGUGCGUUACCUCUGCUGCACAAAAAAUGCGUGCAUCAACAGUUUUUAGCGUGAAGAUAACAAAAGAAAAUGAAAGUCGCUUCAGAGAGGAAUCAGUGGAUAUAUUUAGAGUGAAAAACGCUGCAAAGCGCUCAUUUUUGUGCAAGGAUCGACGCGAAUUUGGUUCACUUCAAUCCACAUUAAGAGAUCUCCAAAAAACUAGCGAAACCAGGAUAAAAGAAUAUGAAGAUAACAAACGGAAUCUGCAUUGGGUUCUGUACAAUCUACGCCACGAGAAAACAGGUAAAUAGGCAACUGGUUCAAAGAGAAAAUGCAUCAUGCAAACUAUGGCUCCGUCCACAAUACGCCAGAGAAAUAUCAAAACGCAGCUUUAUUUGCACGGUUUAUUUCUACACUAAUUCUUCACGAAAACGGAGCUUUUCGAAAACUUUCUUCAAACCAGAUUAAACCAUUUUAAAGACGGAACUUUUCGAAAACGACGAUGUUACGAUUACCAUGUGAGUUUUCCCGAAACACAAAUCCAAAAUAACCAGUGAUUGUUGCGUUUUCAAACUUCUCCGGCUUACGUAGUGUGGACGGAAAACAUUUGAUGCGCGUUUUCAGAGUGAAACCUCCGUUUUCAAAUUUCUUGGGCAAAGUGUGGACGCGGUCUAUGCCGUCUUUUAUGGAUAAUUCAGGUGACUAAAUUCUUCAACGAAAUUGUAGUCAGGUUUUAACCAACAGACUAACUAAGCAAUUUAUCUUGUUCCAUUGUGAUGUGCUGAGAAAAAAAUCAAACUCUCGCGCUUUAUAAGAAGCACGGUUGAGCGAAAUGACUUUCGUGCUCAAAAGUGAAAGAUUUUGGGUUAAUUAGUUAUUCCGGUGGGUGUUAAGUUUGUUAACAUCUUUCCCAAAUCAUGAUCCAAAACCAUUUCCGAUCCAUAAACCCAUGUACUGAUUUGCAUCCAACGCCAAACACUGAAACAUUUUAAGCCCGCCUAGUCUGAUAGAUAAAAGUUACACCUACAUUAUUGAGCUUAAGGAAUCUGACUGACUCGCGCCCUGUUUACAAUAAAUUGUUUUUCUUCAAUGCUAUACCUGAACCCAUUCGACACAAAAUCGGAAAUUGAAUUAGCAGGAUAAACGAAAUCGCAAGCAACGGAAGCUCGGCAGAUCUAGGAGAUUUGUUGCGGAAUUCUCUGCCGUCUUAAUAUGCGAGAGGCGGCGACAUAUUCUCGUUGCACGCUAAAAGCCUUUACUUGUUUAGUUCUGAAUGUUUACCGACAUAACAGUUUUUCCUGAUAUUAUAUAUUGCAUGAUUGCAUGUAUGGAGAUGAGUAACAAUGCAAUUGAAAUAUUCAUGAAUUUAAUCUUAACACUUAACUUUAAUUACCAAAAGUGUUACCAUUAUAUUAAUUCUAAAUUUAAAUUUACUCAGUGAGACAGUGAAAGAAAUGAUGAAAUGGAUAACUCUUUCCCGUAACUAAUGACCAUUCCGUGGUAAACAUGUUGAAAAUUUUCGCGUCUAUAUUAAACUUCGGAGUCCAGGGGUCCUUUUAUCGGAGUGCUACUUUAAAACAGCCAUUACGCAUGUUUGGGUCCCGUCGAUUUUUGCACUUACCAACACCAUUCAAGUGCUACUUUCAAUCCACAUACAAAAGAGACAUUGUGUACCUCAUUAAAUUAGCGAUAAUGGAAUUUCCACAAGCCGUAUAUAAGAAUCUUACCCGGCUCUCUGGACCAAUUUGCGCAAAGCAUAUGGAGACGAGUAUUUAUGCUUAACCGGUUCUAGAAUCAGUUUUAAACUCACAUUUCCUGAGGGAUUACUCAGAAAAAAGUGGUGACAGAGAUUGAAAAGUGUUUUAUGUUGCUAAAAGCUUGCAAAAUUCACUCCUUUAAGCUGAAAAAUCCACGCGUUUAUAAUACAUGUAAAUAGAUCGAAGUGUUUUCAUUAUUUCAAUUAAACGCUUUUAAAAAGUGUUUUUGCGAUUUCUUUUCUCGCUUUCCGCGCUGCUUUCAGUUCAGAUCACAAAACAACACAUACAACUAUUCAACCGGCCAAUCACAAUAUAAACGCUUUCUUCUCUCUAUGAAGCAAAUUAGCACUCUAUGGGACAAGACUGAAGUACAUCUACGCGAAAAUUUUCAAAACUUAUCAAUGCUGUUUGAGUAUGUCUUCCAGUAGACAAGCGUAUGUUCUGCCUAGCGACAGUAUCGCUGACACAACAAGAAGGCUAUGUUAUGGGAAGAUUCGUAGAGAAAACACUGCCUUGCUACGAACCAUUGAAGGGUUGAACGAAGAAGAGGAAAUCCGUAAGAGGAGACAUAGAGACGAGAAAAGCAACCUUCAACAGAUAAUAUAUCACUUGAAUUAUCAAAGAGAAGGUAAAGGAGAAAACUUAAACUGAAACGGCUCAGGUCAAUUUCUCAAACCGAAUGGUGUGAGACCAGCAAUUACGGGUGUAAUUUUUAAAAGCCUCAGUAGUACUUAAAGGCAUUCGGUUCACCUCGGGAAAUGUUAUGUUUCGAAAAGCCGUGCUUUCUCUGCAGGGAUGAUUUGAUCAGUAGUGUGGUUAGAAAAUGAAAAAGGAGAAAAUAAAUGGAAUAGUAGCAGCUUAUGACAGAUUAACAUUUCGAGGUAUUACGGAAGACUAGAGCCUCAAACUAGCUCACUAUGAUAAACUAAAGAAGCUAUUUCUGUGACCUUUUGCCGUAAGGAAUUCGAAGUUGCCUUUUUUUUUCUUGUUCCUCAUUCCUAUUCCAUGCAGAAGAUACGCCCAACGUGAUUUUUUGUUUAGUUAUUUUUUUUUUAAUCAGUUGGCAAGAAUUCCAGUUGGUGCGUAAGGGCAUACCUCAAUUUUAGGGCCAAGAUUAUGGUUCGCACAAAUGGCGAACGAUUCAAUUGCACUCAUUACCAAGCCAAUUUGAUAACUAUGUACCAAAACCAGGAACGCUAGUAAAGACCUAUAUCCGACCUUAAAAUUUCUCAAAACGAAUUUUACAAGAACUGCAUAGAAUACAGAGAAGAGCAUUGGAAUUGAAACUGACCUUACCAAAUCCUCUACAGGUUUGUCCCCUUCGGGAAGCAUAAUUGCUGGUGAUACACAUCGCCUCGCUUCCACGCGCGGAAUGCAAGCUGAGAGUGACUGUCGUGAGAUAAAGAGCAUACGCCGGCCCCUUGCACCCCAGAGCACUAGAGAUCAUGGAAACAGACCUGCUUUGCGACCUAACCUGCAAUCCAAGGAGGGCUCCGUUAUUCCUCGAGCAGUCGAACGCGAGAUUCUCAAACGACAAACUAUGCGUUUGAAAACCAAAGACCAGAAGCGACAAGAAGGCGUGAAACAAAGAGAAAUGCAGCUGGAAGACAUGGUGGGUGUGUACACCAGGAUAAACAUGGUGAAGGGAAGUUUAAAUUACAACGGAAAGCCGAGACAUAGCACAGAUGAAACCAAAAUAAGUGGUGCGUAUAUAACAUCCGGCUGGAAAUAUCGGUAUAAUUCAAGUUCUGUAGAAGUCGAGCUGGCUGCAGAGAGCUUGUCGACAAAAGAAGCUGGUUGGGACCUGCGCGACAGCACUUAUAAAGUAUUUCUGACAAAUGGUAGCAAACAUAAGGUUGUUCCGUCAGUGCAAGAUAAGGUAAAGAAAGUGUCCAGUAUUAUUCCAAAAGAAUCUAGAAAUAAUGUGAAACGAAGGUUAACAAUACCCAGAGUAAACAACGUGGUUCAUGAAGCAGCAAACCUGAGUGAUUAUAAAGAUAGCGAAACAGAGGAAUUGGAGCACUCUAAAGGUUAUAAGGUGCUUCCUUGUGAAGAAUUGAAGGAAAAUCGAAAAGGAACAUUUGAGAAGAUUUCUGCGCGAAUUGAUGCAGUAGAGGAGAUCGCCGACGAAGUAAACGAUACGAAAACGAGAGAAAACGGCCACGAAUUUGCGAGAGUUACUUCAGAAAAAACAUCAAACUCCUCGGGUAAAGCCUUUGGAGAAAGUGGUGCUAAAAGGUGGGUUUGUGCUGUCAAGAACAAAGUCCUUCUGCCGUUGAGAUUUCGGCCACAAACAACUGCAAGACGUGGAAACAGAACGGAUUUACAAGCUUCAGAUCGCAGGGAUAGUUAUGUCAAAGAUAGCGACAGUAUCACGAAAGCAAAUAUAAGGGAAAAGACAUUGAUGCCUCCAACUGAGGAGCACAAUGCUAUGGUUGAGGAGAAACCCAGUUCAUUAAGUGCCGGCAAGUUGCAAAAACUGAUAAGAGAGAAAGUGCUCAGCCAAUCACAGAAGAGUAACAAGCGAGCCAAUAAGAAAUCAGUGCUGCUCGCCGACUACAUGUGCACGCUCCAGAAACACAUGGGGAUCAAAGAUGAGGUCCUAGAAAGUAAUUCCCCUGAUUUCAGCGGAACGCCGUUCAUAGCGGCAGAAAAGAGAUCCAGGUACGAAGACGAGCAAGAUAGAGAACCUCGAGCGGUCGAUAGGCGGUUAGAAAUCCUACAAAGGCAGAUUGUCAGGCUUCCUGGCUCAUUCACAUUACUAGAUAGUGACUUGCUAGAAGAUUGACGAAAAUUAUUCUGUGACUUGCACCUGUGUAUAAAGGCAUCCUAAGGCUGGAGGAAAAAGACCAUUUGAGAUAGGAUUUUGUUUAAUUUUAUAUGUGCAACAUAGUUUGGAUCGUACGCGCUCUGUAUCGCAUCAGCUCAAAGUAAUCAGUGCUUUCGGAGUACACUGUAAAACACUGAAAAUCACUUUCUAUUGGUUUCUGUCGUACUGUUUUACUCGUGAAAACAAAUCUAAUAUAUUGAAGCCAAAGUCAUGUAUUACUAUCAUUAAACAAUCCAGUCAUUAAUUUCGUGAACAGCUACGAAAUGUAGGAAACACUCGACUACG